CUCCCCUCCAUGUUUGCAUCCUGCCCCACAUUGCGGCAAACCCCUCCUCGUGUUGGCGAGGAAUUAAACAUCACACCACCCAAGUGGGAGGGCAUCCCGAAAGGCCCCGUAGAAGAGCUGCAGCGGCGCCCGCCCGCCCCAGCCUUCACUUGCAAUCCCUUGCCAUGUGGUGGGUGGUCCUGGUGGCUCUGUCUUACCUGGACAGGGAGCUGGCGCUCGGCUCCGGGGUGGGCCCGCCGUCCCGAGGGAGGCUGUCCGAGGAGUGCGGCGGCGGCCCGCGGGGCUCCCGGCCUUUUACGCCGCGCAUGGACGACGAGCCCGAGAGGAGGGGCUCCGCGGUGACCAGGAGAGCCAAAAGAGGCUUCACGUAUCCCGGGACCCUUUGGUGCGGCGCCGGAAACAUGGCAGACCGUUACGACCAACUAGGGGAAUUUGAGGAGACGGACAGCUGCUGUCGCACACACGACCACUGCCCCCACGUCAUCCACGCCUUCUCCUCCAAAUACGGAUACACCAACUUCAAGUGGCACUCCAUCUGUCACUGCGACUGCGACCAGGCGUUGAAGGCUUGCCUGCACCGAGUCAACGACACGUCCUCCUGGGUGAUGGGGCAGGCCUUCUUCAACGUCAUCGCCGCGCCGUGCUUCCAGCUGCUCUACGAGGAGCGCUGCGCCGAGCGCCACUGGUACGGACCGUGCAAACGCUACGAGAAGCUGCCCGUCGCCGUGGUCAAGGAGGCCGUCCCGUACGAAUACGGCGCCGCCGACAUCGGUUCUCCUGAGAGGAAGACUGACCACGAGAAGGAGGAGAGCGCCACGCCGGCCGCCCCGUCGGGCGCCGAGGCACCGUCGCUCCACGCCGUGGAGAACUUUACCGAGGCGCUCGCCACCAUUGUUUCUUCCACAUCUGCCGCGCAAACUUCACACAAUAAGAGGAAGAAAAAGAAAGACAGAGGCCAGAAGACGAAAAAGGCAAUGGGGCAGAGAAGCAAGCACAAAAAAGGAGCCACAGCGACAGUUCCUUUGACUAAGUCCAUCAAUGAUGUCAUAACGGGCGAAGCGGCGCCGGAGACCGCCCAGCUGCGGCCGACGGGGCGACCGAGCGCUCAGCCGCCCAAAAAACGGAGAGCGAGAACGGGCAGGGGAGGGCUCAAAGUCGCCCUGGCUUCCCCUGAGCAGGCGCCGCGACUCGCCGGCUACGACCUCACCGCUGGCCUCACGUCGCACCCCAAAGGUGAGGAGAUCCCGCAACCUCCGGUCCACCUGAAGUCUCCUGCCAGGCCUGCGUCCAAAAAAAGGCUAACGAGGAAGGAGGAAGUCGUCGUGACUUGGCCAAAGGAGCCGGUCCAGCCUACGGUGGCCGACGGCCACAAUCAGCAUCAACGCCCCGGUGAGAAGAUCUUUGCAUCUUCGAGUAGCGCGAUGGCAGCGUCGCAGCCUGGAGAACAGAACCCACCGGGAGCUCCCGACCACUGGCAAGACAGAAGAGACAAUGAGGACGGCAAGAAAAGGAGGAAAGUACGGCCGGAUUCAGGGGCCGGAAGCACCGGAGCCCAACGUGCGCAAAGUUCGGACGGCCCAUCCGGAGCACGCGGCCAGCGCAACCAAAGCGCAAAAGCGGCUUCUCAAAGCGCAACGAGCCUCACGAGCGCCGAGCCGUCCCGUAGCUUUGCUCCGACGAGCCGGCUCGGGAGGAAGGCUACGCCCGGCGGCCCGGCGUUGCCCGCCGAGGAGAGCGUGGCAAAGCGGAGGGCCGGGGGGGCGUCCGGCGACCUUCGCAGCAGCGCCGUGCUGCGCUCCGUGGAGAGAGCCCGACGGCAGUUUGCCCGCAAGAAGAAAAGAAAAGCCGCUCGGACUGUCAGACCUCCGUGGUUUGCGAGACCUUGAAUGUGACGUCGUCGUCUUUGGAAGCUUCAGCGUUUCCAAAUCAAUCAAUCAAUAAAUAAUCACACAAAUGGAUCCCAUUUGACUGUCAUGUGACUGAUCACAGCUUGAAUAAAACGUGAGGGAGU